CACCCAUUUCCUUUACCCACCGCAUCCAUGGCGAUGAUCAUUCAGCUGCAAUCGCCAAACCCUUUCUUCCAUUCUCUAUAUAAAAACCCUUUCUCCUCUUCUUCUCUUCUCACCAUUCCAUUUCCACAUUUCCCCUUUCUAUUUCUUCCUAAGCUGAAGCUAACUAAGAUUGUUCUGAAAUUUCUGUUCAUCCUCCAAGAAGAUAGCCAUGGCAGAACGAGUCCUCGACCGUGUUCACAGCUUCCGGGAGCGUUUGGAUGAAACUCUAGUUACUCAACGAAAUGAUAUCCUGGGCUUCCUCUCAAAGAUUGAGGCCAAAGGAAAAGGCAUCCUGCAACAUCAUCAACUGAUUGCUGAGUUUGAAGCAAUUCCUGAAGAGAAUCGAAAGAAACUAGCAGAUGGGGCAUUUGGGGAAGUCCUGAGAUCCACUCAGGAAUCCAUAGUUUUGCCCCCAUGGGUUGCGCUUGCUGUUCGUCCAAGGCCAGGUGUGUGGGAAUAUAUUAAAGUCAAUGUCCACGCAUUGGUUGUUGAAGAGCUUCAGGUUGCUGAGUAUUUGCACUUGAAAGAAGAACUUGUAGAUGGAAGUUCGAACGGCAACUUCGUUCUUGAGCUUGAUUUCGAGCCGUUUAAUGCAUCCUUUCCUCGGCCUACUCUCUCCAAGUCCAUUGGCAAUGGCGUUGAGUUCCUUAACCGUCACCUCUCUGCAAAGCUAUUCCAUGGUAAAGAGAGUAUGCAGCCAUUGCUGGACUUCCUCAGAGUUCACUGCUACAAAGGAAAAACAAUGAUGCUGAAUGAUAGAAUUCAGACCCUGAACGCCUUCCAACAUGUGCUGAGAAAGGCAGAGGAGUAUCUAGUAACACUUGCACCAGAAACACCCUACUCCGAGUUUGCAAACAAGUUCCAGGAGAUGGGCCUAGAGAGAGGGUGGGGCGACACCUCUGGGCGUGUUCUCGAAAUGAUCCAACUUCUUUUGGAUCUCCUCGAGGCCCCCGAUCCUUGUACCUUUGAGAAGUUCCUUGGUAGAAUCCCCAUGGUCUUUAACGUUGUCAUCCUUUCACCCCACGGUUACUUUGCACAAGAUAAUGUAUUGGGUUACCCCGACACUGGUGGCCAGGUGGUUUACAUCUUGGACCAAGUUCGUGCUUUGGAGCAUGAAAUGCUUCAACGUAUAAAGCAGCAAGGAUUGGACAUAACGCCACGCAUUCUCAUUAUCACCAGACUCCUUCCAGAUGCAGUAGGAACCACCUGCACCCAGCGUCUCGAAAAAGUAUUUGGGACAGAGCACUCCCACAUUCUUCGAGUUCCAUUCAGAAAUGAGAAAGGAAUAGUCCGAAAGUGGAUCUCAAGAUUUGAAGUCUGGCCUUACCUGGAGACUUACACCGAGGAUGUUGCACAAGAACUUACCAAAGAGUUGCAGGGAAAGCCCGAUCUGAUCAUUGGAAACUACAGCGAUGGCAAUAUUGUUGCCUCAUUGCUGGCACAUAAACUGGGGGUUACACAGUGUACUAUCGCUCACGCCUUGGAGAAAACUAAAUAUCCUGAUUCAGAUAUUUAUUGGAAGAGAUUUGAUGACAAGUAUCAUUUCUCAUGCCAAUUCACAGCCGAUCUUAUUGCCAUGAACCAUACCGAUUUCAUUAUCACAAGUACAUUCCAAGAGAUUGCUGGCAGUAAAGAUACAGUUGGACAAUAUGAGAGUCACACAGCUUUCACUCUUCCGGGGCUCUACCGGGUGGUCCAUGGAAUUGACGUGUUUGAUCCCAAGUUUAACAUAGUUUCUCCUGGAGCAGACAUGAGCGUCUACUUCCCCUACACAGAGACUGAGAAGAGGCUGACUUCCUUCCACCCUGAAAUUGAGGAGCUUCUUUAUAGCGAAGUUGAGAAUGAGGAACACUUGUGUGUAUUGAAAGAUAGGUCCAAGCCGAUCAUAUUCACAAUGGCAAGAUUGGAUCGUGUGAAGAACAUAACUGGACUUGUCGAGUGGUAUGGCAAGAACAAGCGCCUUAGGGAGUUGGUUAACCUAGUGGUUGUGGCUGGAGACCGGAGGAAGGAGUCUAAGGACAAUGAAGAGAGGGCUGAGUUGGAAAAGAUGUAUAACCUAAUAAAGACCUACAACCUGAAUGGCCAAUUUAGAUGGAUUUCUGCACAGAUGAACCGAGUAAGAAAUGGCGAACUCUACCGAUGCAUCGCAGACACAAGGGGAGCUUUCGUGCAGCCUGCCGUGUACGAAGCUUUCGGUUUGACAGUUGUGGAGGCUAUGACCUGUGGAUUACCUACUUUUGCCACUUGCAAUGGAGGCCCUGCUGAGAUUAUCGUCGAUGGUAAAUCUGGCUUCCAUAUCGAUCCAUACCAUGGUGAGCGUGCUGCUGAAAUCCUCGUCGACUUCUUCGAGAAGUGCAAAGAAGACCCAACACAUUGGGAUGAAAUCUCCCGAGCAGGCCUCCAGCGUAUCUACGAGAAGUACACAUGGCAGAUCUAUUCGGAGAGGCUGCUAACACUGACUGGAGUUUACGGGUUCUGGAAGCAUGUAUCCAACCUUGACCGCCUCGAGAGCCGCCGUUAUUUGGAAAUGUUUUACGCCCUCAAGUACCGCAAGCUGGCUGAUUCUGUGCCACCAGCUGUGGAUGAGUGAGAAAGCUUGGAAGGGAAAUGAAAGACGGGAGCAUCAGUUAUAGAGAAAUAGUUGUUCUCUGAGUCCCACAGGAGUUAAAUAAAAGAGAUAUGUUGAUGCUUCCUGCAAAUGUGAAUAAUGCAAAGAAGAAGAGUUCUAUUGUUCUUGUUUUUGUCAUUGCUUGCUUUCUUUCAAGUCUGAUAUUGUUGUAUCAAUUGGGUGGUUUGAACCCGUCAUCAAUUUGAGUAUUAUUCCCUUUUCGCUUCUCAGCAA